UCUCGCUGUCUCUCUCCCUCUCUGUAAUGCAAAACUAAUCUCUGGAAUAGAAGAGGAACAUCACAACACGGAAACACUAAUGACGACGAAUAGAAGCCCCAAAUAGCUCGAUUAUGUUAUGCGCUUUCAUAAUCAUUGCCAUUGCUUAAUACAUACAUUGCGAUUUUGACAUUCGAGGUGUGUUAAUGUUUUUUUUUUUUUUUUAACACGACACAACUCGUUACUUGACCCACGUUUUCAUUAUACGAUGUGUAAAUUCUACAGUUGAAUUUUGAACAUUUUGUAUUCUCCAUAUUAAUAGCCUACUGGUGAUUUGAUUGGAUAGAUGAUCAGAAAGAACUGAGUGUAUUUUUAUGAAUAAGAGGAAGAGAGGAAAAGAGGAAAAGAGAGAGGAUUGCACAUCUGGAAAUGUUGGUAUUCGUCAUUCGAUAUUUUCAGCAACUGAAUUGAACAACACAUUUUGUUGUACAACGCUGUCUGGAAAACAUCUCCCUUCCCUCUGGCGAAAGAAUCGCAGUGUGUUUCAGUUGGACAGACUGGACAGAGCGCAGCUGACACAGCGACGGUGUGAGUGGAGCAGAGAGAACCGAGGAUGGGGGGCGGAGGUCAGCAGACAGAGUCAAGCGAGCCGGCCAAGGGUGACGGGGUUGGGCCCGAUGGAGGGCGAGGUGGCAGUGCAGUCUACACCUGGGAAGAGGUUCAGAAGCACUGCCACAGAAGCGACCAGUGGUUGGUCAUCGACAGGAAGGUCUAUAAUAUUACCCAGUGGGCGAAGAGACACCCGGGGGGCAUCAGGGUCAUCAGUCACUUUGCUGGAGAAGAUGCCACGGAAGCAUUUGUCGCAUUCCAUCCCGAUCCUAAUUUUGUCAGGAAGUUUCUGAAGCCGUUGCUGAUUGGAGAGCUGACACCGACAGAGCCCAGCCAGGACCAGGGGAAAAACGCAGCACUGGUGCAGGACUUCCGGGCCUUGCGCCACCGUGUGGAGAGUGAGGGUCUCCUCCGUGCCCGCCCCCUCUUCUUCAGCCUCUACCUGGGCCACAUCCUGCUACUAGAGGCCCUGGCUUUGGGCCUGCUCUGGGUCUGGGGGAGCAGCUGGAGCCUCACACUGCUCUGUUCCCUCAUGCUGGCCACAUCUCAGGCCCAGGCUAGCUGGCUGCAGCAUGACUUCGGCCACCUGUCAGUCUGCAAGAAAUCCAGUUGGAAUCACAUACUGCAAAAGUUUGUAAUUGGACACCUAAAGGGUGCCUCUGCUAACUGGUGGAACCAUCGUCACUUCCAGCACCACGCUAAGCCCAACGUGUUUAGUAAAGAUCCUGAUGUCAACUCACUGCAUGUCUUCGUCCUGGGAGACAAACAGCCUGUAGAGUAUGGUAUAAAGAAGUUGAAGUACAUGCCCUACCAUCACCAACACCAGUACUUCUUCCUCAUUGGACCUCCACUACUUAUUCCAGUGUAUUUCCACAUCCAGAUAUUGCGGACCAUGUUUUUACGACAGGACUGGGUGGAUCUGACAUGGUCGAUGAGUUUCUACCUUCGCUUCUUCUGCUGUUACUAUCCCUUCUUUGGUUUCUUUGGCUCAGUAGCAUUGAUCAGCUUCGUCAGGUUUUUGGAAAGCCACUGGUUUGUAUGGGUGACCCAGAUGAAUCACCUUCCUAUGGAGAUGGAACACGAGAGACACCAGGACUGGCUCACCAUGCAGUUGAGUGCUACUUGCAACAUUGAACAGUCAACCUUCAACGACUGGUUCAGUGGACACCUCAACUUUCAGAUUGAACACCAUCUGUUUCCUACAAUGCCACGUCAUAACUACCACCUGGUGGCUCCUCUGGUUCGUGCUUUGUGUGAGAAACAUGGAGUUCCCUAUCAGGUCAAGACUUUGCAGAAAGGCAUCACUGAUGUUGUCAGGUCACUGAAGAAGUCAGGGGAUCUGUGGCUGGAUGCGUAUCUCCAUAAAUAAAUCCCUUCCUGACUCUGGACGGGAUUUAAUCCAUCGCAGAUUAACGACCUGCGAACAGAGAGGACAUUUCCUGGAUGUUUUUGAUGAUAAUGAUCGCUGCAAACAUCGUGGAUGUUAGCUCAAGCGUAAAUCACCUUUUUAAAAAGUCAAUCACAGUGCAUAGGUCUGCAUGUCAAACUUGAUGUCUGGUGUGAAACCUACCCCCCCUCCCCUGCCAUCUUAAUACUGCCUACCAAACAGAGUACUCUAAUGUACAGGUACUAUAUAGUAUACUACAUAUAAUACUACAUAGUAGAGUAAUAGUGUAAUAAAAUAUUGUGUUAUUUGAUGAUGUUGUUGUGAUGUAGCUGUUUUAACCUGGUUUGCACCCCAGGAAGAGUAGCUGUUAAUGGGGAUCUUAAUUAAUACAAAUAUUCUUAUAUUCUUAUAUCUGAGUGGCCUGUCUGUGUGGUGGUGAUAUCACUGUGUGGUUUACAUGGCUGUGCGGUAUUUUCUACCAUAGUAUAGUGUUAACCGAGAAACAUGUCUUAUACACUGUAAAGAUUUGCAUUUUUUUUUUUAAAUACCUUUUUUAUUUUUGAUUAUUUGAGUACGAGACUAUCAUGCCAGUCAACGACAGGACACUUACUCUGCUGUGAAUGUGAGUUGCCUUCACCGAGUUCAGGGUCGUGUUCAGUUGAGAGAAAACGUUUUGAAACAGGGAGGUAAUAACCUGAAAUUGUCCAAUAGGAAUAUAGAAUUUUCUGUUGUCCGUUGCAAAACGUCUUGCUACAAUCUUUUUGAAUUUAUUUUACUUGGCAAGUCAGUUAAGAACAAAUUGUUAUUUUCAAUGACGGCCUAGGAACAGUGGGUUAACUGCCUGUUCAGGGGCAGAACGACAGAUUUGUACCUUGUCAACUCGGGGAUUUGAACUUGCAACCUUUCGGUUACUAGUCCAACGCUCUAACCACUAGGCUACCCUGCCAUAUUGAAAGAAAACGAUCCUAGACUAUGUGGCUGAGCUAUUCCUCUGUAAAGUGUGGUUGUUAGAUUACAUCUGUACACUAAGGGAAGCUCUAUGGAGACCGGUUGCUGCGGUUACAACAUUUUGGCAGUAAUAUACCCCACCCCCCCCCCCCCACCCAUCGUGCCCACUCUGUCUGGACCUGUUUAUGGAAGCAGAAGCUAAUGGAGAAGCUGAUAGAGAAGCUAAUGGAGAAGCUAACGGAGAAGCUAACAGAGAAGCUAAUGGAGAAGCUAAUAGAUGGAGAAGCUAAUAGAGAAGCUAAUAGGGAAGCUAAUAGAUGGAUAAGCUUAUAGAGAAGCUAAUAGAUGGAGAAGCUAAUGGAGAAACUAAUAGGGAAGCUAAUAGAUGGAGAAGCUAAUAGAGAAGCUAAUAGAUGGAGAAGCUAAUGGAGAAGCUAAUGGAGAAGCUAAUAGAGAUGCUAAUAGAUGGAGAAGCUAAUGGAUUUCUCUUCUGUAAGAUCAGAUCAGAAUAAAACUGUUUUGUCUGUUUCCGUAGACAAAAAGAAACAGGUUAAUAGUGAAUGAUAAUCUACUUUCGUAUUGUUCUUUGGCUACUUCUUAUAUUUAUUACAACGACAAAACAUUGUAGUGAUCGUACAGUUACUGUGGUGGCAGAGGUGAGCCGUUGGAUCUUCUCAAGGCUUAAUGCUCUGUUCUGUGUUGGGACCGUUGCUUUGUAUAAAAUAACUGUGGUGUAAACAAUUGGAUUGUUUGAUCACCUCCCAUUAUAUAAGGGACAUAUAGCCAUUUACUCUUGGAGCUCCUUCCCUGACUGCGACCAGAGCGGGACCGACCUUGCAGCUGCUCAUGUGUAUUAAAGAUGAACUAUUAUACAAGUCA